AGUCCUUUUAUCUUUGUAAGCUGCAAAAUGUAUUAUUUUGGAACACAGGGAGGCAAAAUAGUAGCCAGCUAAAAGAGAAGAAAAGGUCCUCCGAAGCUGUCCGUUGCCACAGAAACACCUUAGCUUGGUUCCGACGGCCUCCGGGGGUGUAGUUGGCAAAGUGAAGCCGGAGGGGAGGACGACCUACGCUUCGAGUACCCUAGAACUGGUUCGCCAACAAGGGGGUAUUUUUCCUUCUUACCACUUAGGAGUAGGGCAAACGGAAGCUCUCGGAUCCUAGCCUGGAAGAGAAAGACCGCGAGCAAGAAAGUGAUUGCAUUUCCGUGAGAUUAUAAUGUACCAAGAAAAUUAAAACUAACUCAAGAAGAAUGGAAGAAGCUCAACUGGAAGCCUCAAAUCUUCCUCCAGAAGAUUGGCCUUCUGAAGUGACGGUGUCAGUGACAGGAGAACCACCUAAUACUUCUGUAGAAGAAAAGGAAGAAACAGACAAAGAAGCAGUCAUAGAAAUCAGCCCAGAAAUCAUGAAGCCGCUAUCCAUUCUAGACGUGCUGAGGAUCUCUGCAGUUCUGGAGGACACCACAGACCAGCUCUCCAUUCUAAACUAUAUCAUGCCAGUUCAGUAUGAAAAAAGACAAAGCAUCAGCAUGAAGGAUAACAAAGAAAUGCAUUCAGAAGGAAGAAGCUCAGAAAAAGGUCCACUGGCAUCAGAACCCUCAAAAAUAUCCAGUCCGCUGGUACAUAAAGAAGAACCCAAGUUGCCAGAAAUCAGACAAGGGGGCCAGUUUAACAAAGUGCAAGAUCUGAUCUUCAAAAAACCCACAAGGCAGACCAUAAUGAAUACAGAGACACUGAAGAAAAUUCAGAUUGAUAGGCAAUUUUUGAGUGAUGUAAUUACAGAAACUAUGGAGGAGUUGCAAGAAGAAGGCACUUUCACCAAUCUCCUGAAAGCUUUGGGCAAAGAGAGGGAAAGCAAAAUGCAUUUCUAUGAUAUUAUUGCCAGGGAGGAAAAUGGAAGAAAGAAGAUAAAAUCUCUUCAAAAACAGUUGCUUAAUGUCAAAAAAGAAAGGCAAGUUGAAGUACAGAAUCGGAAUGAAUAUAUCGCUCACCUCAAGGAUCAGUUGCAAGAGAUGAAGGCAAAAACCAACAUGGAGAAUCAUUAUAUGAAGAGAAACACAGAACUGCAGAUUUCCCAGACCCAGAAAAAAUGCAGCAAAACAGAAGAGCUCUUGCUGGAAGAGAUUGAGAAACUACGGCUGAAGACUGAAGAAGAGAACCGGAUUCAUGCUGAGAUUGAACUGUUCCUUAGAAAGGAGCAGCAGCUUGAGGAGAAGCUAGAGUUCUGGAUGGAGAAAUUUGAUAAGGACACAGAAAUGAAACAGAAUGAACUAAAUGCCCUCAAAUCUGCUAAGGCCAGUGACUUAGCACACCUUCAAGAACUUGCAAAGACGAUAAGGGAAUAUGAACAAGUCAUCAUUGAAGAUCGUAUAGAAAAGGAGAAGACCCGGAAGAAGAGAGAACAGGAUGACUUGGAAUUGAGGAGCAUCAUAAAGCUCCAGGCCUGGUGGCGAGGCACUGUGGUACGGAGAGAAAUUGGUGGUUUCAAAAUGCCUAAGGACAAAGAUGACAGCAAGGAUGUAAAAGGCAAAGGCAAAGAGAAGGACAAGAGAAGAGGCAAGAAGUGACCAAGUUAUCUUUUCUGCUGGUGCUCUGGAGAUGGGAAGAAGGAUCUGAACGGAGUUAAGAAAUAUCUUUUACCAUCACAGAUAACUCACCUAUGGGUUGUUUCUUAUUUGGAUACUCCUAGGUGAGGCUUGGUUACACUAGGUCACUUUGCCUGCUAUACUAGUUUUCAAACCCUGAAUUAGGAUUAUACUGUGAUUUAGGGCUUCUUCAUAACUUGAGAAAAAAAAGAACAAACUGCUGGGAAGAAGUAUUUUUAGAAGUCUUGUGAAGAUUUCUUUUGCUCUUGUUCACCAGAAAAAAAAAGCACAUAAUCUUAGUUAUAGUGAUGCAUUAAAACGUAAUUCCUAUAACGUCUGAUUCUGACUAUUCAAUUUGCCUAUCAUGAAAAAUGAUACUUAGUAAUAAAAGCAAAAGUGAGGUGUUCAGUAGGAACUACAAGGUGGUGUUUAUCAAGAGUCUAGCAUAAUACAUACACAGUAAAGUUUUAAUAAAGGUUGGUGCUUGCCUUUUAAAUUUAUUAUCACUUUACUAUUUUUUUAUGGGGAAUGUCACAUAAGAACAUGUACCUUAUAAGCUGCUUCAGCUCCUUUUCUGGAAAAUAGGUAGGGAUAUAAAUGAUAAAUGGAAGACAGAAAUGAGAUGUCAGGAUACACAACCCAUACAUAGGAAAGACAGAAGAUACAGGUCACUGGGGAGAUGAGUUUGGAGAUAUUUUUGAUAAGUGAGAUACCAGGGCCUAUAGCUGCUUUGCUUAUUACUCAAUGACUGUCAUCUUAUGGGGUAUUAAGACUGAAAAAGGUAACGCAUGUGAAAAUCCUAACUUGUACCUGGCACAACAAGCUUAGUCAUGUUAUUUUAAAAGAACAUGAGCCCACUCAUGGGGUCACUCUUGGCUCAAUUAAUCAGAACAGAACUGUCUUGGAAUAUUAAGACAAUUAUAGAACAGUUGGAAGUUCCUGAGAAAAGCUUUCCAGAUAUGUAAUAUUUCAAAAGUAAGCCAUAUCUAACUCCAAAUAUAAGACAAUACUUGUCUCUACACUUCCUUAAAAAAAGUACAUUUUGAUCUCAAGGGGCUAUUACGAGUUUGUACCAAUGUUCCAUCAGAGAAUUUACCCUUUUAUUUUCCAAGGAAACCAUACUUUAGAUAUGAACAUUUUCACAUCAGCCUUUAAUUUUAUGCUACUGAAGUGUUGUCUUUUAUUUUAAUGUUAAUAUGUAAAGUGGCAUACAGGCAAUUUAAAAUAACAUACAUGAUACUGACAUAUUUAUUCUUAGAACUUACGCAUUAUAUUU